UUAUGGGUGUCUAGUUUAGCACCUGUGAAUGCUACGAAAUGCUACUUUCUUUCUUUCAUUUUUCUUCUUUCAAAUAAAAAGAAGUAUAAAAAGUGUUUCGUGCCAUCCGCAGUGUUAACUGAAUUACAGCCUAUGUAUAACGCUCGUAUUAGGGUUUACUUAACCUCUUGGGUUCGGCGGUCGUCCGCCAUGUAACUACUUGACGGGCGAAAGCAAGCGUAGCGCAAAAGAUACUUUCGUGUCUUCCAAUAAUUAUCGAUAUAAUUAUUAGAAUCUCAACCUCCACUAUGAUACAUGUAUAUACUAGCGAUCGAUUCUUUGUCGAUCUUAUCGUAUUCGACUUUUUUUUACCAUGUACGGUCAAAAACCCGAACCGUGUGAACGAUCUGUUACAAUGAACAAAACAAAUGAAGAUAGUACAAAUGAACAUAAAAGUCGACUAAAGUCGACGAUCGUACCGAAAAGGCUAAUUACCGGUCAACAUCGAGCGCUGAGUAGCGCGGUGCUAUUUAAUCUUGAAACUGAUGACGAUGACGGAAUUAACGCCAGUUGUAAUUGUACGUUCUCGAAAUUUUCUUGACGAAUUGCUCACUUUCUGCUGAGCAAGAACAAAGAUAAAAAUGAAGGAUUAAUGAGACGAGAUGUGUUCUUGAGUAACGCUCUCGCAUUGCUAAUCUCCGCUCUUGACUCUCGUCGUUCCGCUCUCGAGCUCUCGAGCGCGAUUACUCUGCUCUUGUUUAUCUCAUCUAUUAAGGGGUCCUCGCAUGAUCGUUGAUUAUUAUUGCUACUCUGCAGUAUUGACAGCGAAAUCGACUUGACAACGAAAAGUCUUAUUAAAAUUCAGAGAUGGAUCGCGCCACUUUGCGUAUAAUUACUUCCAACAUUGUUGACGAAUAAAUGAUAUGAAUUUAAUGUACGUCAAUAUUUUCUCAGACAAGUCUGAUGAAUUCAUGGCUACGCUUUAUUUGACGCAAGACGGAGUGAUAAAAAACCUAUUGCAAUGCAUUAAAGAUUCAUAUUGGUCUCUGUCGUAAAGCUGGAGUCGAAACUUCUGAAUUAGCUCGUAUGAUUAUUCUCGCUGUGAUGGUUGAACCGAAUACGACCGUUCACGGAUAUAAAUAUCAUGUCUGAAAUUUUGGAGUUAAGUUCAGUAUGGCCAAAUUAUUACACGUUUUAUAUAUAUAUAUAUAUGCUCAACGCAAAAUUUCCAGUAAGAUUCACUUUAAAUUCGUCAAAAGUUCACGUUUCACGGAUAUAAAUAUAAUUUCUGAAAUUUUCGCGUUAAGUCCAAGUAUAGUCUUUUAAUUAAUUUAAUUAAAAUUAUUUCUACGCUUAUAUACACAUAUGCUCAAUGUAAAAUUUCCAUUAAGAUAAAAUUCACUUGAAACUGAUCGAAGGGUCCGAAUGCAAUUGAAGGUACUGAAAUGCUGUACGCGUCACAACUCAUACGACGGUCGUGCUCUCAGAUUGAUAGCGUAAUAAAUCCAUAUUGAUGACGCACUGGGAAUAACAGUGAUUUACGUAGGGAGCUUUUAUUAUUUCUCCCAUCCCUAUUUCGGAUUGGGUGAAACGAGCAUGAUCCGAUCGGUAUUAUGAUAUUCGUGAUCGUCGGUGCUGACUCGGACCCGUUCGAGACUGAAAUAGAAGCUGUAAUAAUGUAACGAAUAUAAGUAUCAUUCAUUAGGGCAAAACGAACCGCAGUUGUUGAAAUGCGCGUUGUCGUCCCGCCAGUUUCCCCUUUGCACUUUCAUAAUUUCCGAUCCCGACGGCGAUAACGCUUUGUGUGAAAAGUAAGCGGAGUAAUCCAGGUAAUCCAUGUUUCCUUCCUUUACUCGAAAGUUUCUCCUCUACCUUCGUGUGAGGAAUGGAUUAAUCAAAGAUUUAUUCAAAUUACGCUUACGCCAGAGACUUCAUCUACAUGCGUGUGAUUAGAAUAAAAAAUUAUGUUUCAUAAUCGUAUGAAUGUUUAUAUCAAAAUUUAAAUAUGAAUAUUAAAAUUAUUUAGUAUUUUUAUGCGCAAGUAACUUGUCAAGAUAAAUGUGUAUGCUAAAGCGAGUAUUAAUAUAAUUACUACUUAUUUCAUGCCUAUUGAUAUGAUGAUUAUAUUAAUUACUUUGUAACGCACAUAACAAUUUCCGACUGAAUGCGAAGAUUAUGUAAGACGAUGGAAAGAGAUGGAGAUAUAUUAGAGCCAACGUAGGAGUUGUGCAUUUACGCGGAUAAUUCGGCUCUUUCCAUCUUAUCAAUUGUUGAAUCGAUUCGUGGAAGACUAGAAACUCAUGGUGGUCGCAGCGGUGAACGAUUUUCUUUGUUUCGAGUAAUUGACGUCAAUGGACAUUGGCCGGCUGUUUCAAGCACGUGCAUAUAUCGUCCGAUUCACGAUCGUGCGUGCAGAAUGAGUCGUCCACUUUGAAUACGUAUAAUACCUGACGUAGUUUAUUAUUUGUUAAUAAAUGAAAGCGUGAAGAUCGAUAGGUAUUACUGUCCUCCCUUCAACAUGACACUUAGCAUGCUCGAUACAAAAGAGCGGAGGAGUGUCGUCCGCACUCACUAAUGUAAAACGCCCUCGCUUAGCUCGCGCUAAGUAGAUGCGACCAUGAAUUAGUCAGACUUGCAUUCGACAUGAAAAAUCGAUACGUUUACGUGUGUACAGUCCGUCUGUCAUAGACAUAUCUUGGCCACUUAUCAUGCACGAAUGCAUUACAAAACUCAGACUUGGCAAAAGAAUACUCCCCUCUCACGAAAAUCAUAAUUAUUCCACGUAACGCGUAUAAUUUUUUUAAAUAAUCGUUACAUGAGUAGACAUAACUGCACAUGUAUCACACAUAUAACUCGCUGAUGAUCUCUACGGGCCAAAAUCAGUGUUGCUACCUUGGAAUCUUCAUAUAAAAAAAUACAUAAUAUAACAUGCAUUUCUAUAAAAACGUGUAUCUGUUAAUUUGUAUUAUUAAUCUCGGAGCAACUUUUCUCUUAAAAUCGCUCUGGGUAACUUGAAAUCUGUGCGAAUCUGGAAAAUACACUCGCCUUGAUAAAUAACGUUACCUGGAUCCAUUCAGCAAUCCGCGUCAGAAUCAACACAUGAGAUCUGCGCGGCGCGUUUCCGCGAUGCACGGUUUUAACGGGCCACGCGGAGCACGUUCCGCUUCUAUCUCGUCGGAUUCGCAGGUGUUCCCUAUUACGACUCGAAUGUAACGCGAUCGUGUGGAAGAGCCGUUCUGUCGUUUUAACGGCGGAUCGCUUAAAUUAUAGUGAGCGAUGUACACCGCGCUCAAUUAUUCGAUUAUCGGACGACGACGACGUCGACGACGACGUAGCAUAAAACGCGUCGGGCAAAAGUUUCGCGCUCAUCGUUUAUGAAACAGUUUAUUAUCAUGAUUUACGGGCGUUCUCGAUAUUUGUCGCCGGUCCCGGCGGUUCGUGACGUCGAAAACACGGCAAUUACGAACGAGUGCGGGCAACUAAUUUCCACGACUUACGUUCGUUUCGGUUUGUUACGAGCGGCCGUUUCAAGCAAAGCGAGCAAAGUGUUAUCCGAUGUUCUUUACGGUUAAUGAAAUAAUUGCGCUGACGCUUAAAACGCCGUGCGCAGGGCGGCGCACCGUAGAUUGCCCUCAGCCCCUUUCUACCGAUCAGCCAGUUCACUGGAACGGUUCACAGAAGAUUGGAGAUAAUUGAUGACGACGAUGUCUGGCAGGUUUAAUCGAUUCUCUCUCUUACUUUUUUAUUUUUUUAUUUUUUUUUAGAUAAUUGACGUCAGACGCGCGUUUUCGUCAGGGACACUUCUAAUGCGUCGCCGGUAAAUUGCCCCUGUAUUUUUACAUUCGCGUAAACGAGGGAGAGGGACGAAGAGAGAGAGAGAGAGUACGUGUGUGUGUGUGUGUGUGUGUGUGUGUGUGUGUGUGUGUGUGUGUUGGUGCCGUUUUUACAAAGCACAAUAAAGCGCUAUUUCGAGACGACAUUUCUCACAGGAGUGCGCUGCGAGACGUAUUCUUCGAAGUUUCGAAAAUUCUAUUUACUUGCAAAUGUUCUGUAUAAUUUUCGGAGAGCCGUGACAGUAACGUCGUUUUCGUAAUUCCUACAGAUAAGUAUAAACCAUAUUUCCACAUACCUACAGGUAUUUUUGAAAGUUACCGUAACUCGUGCGAUUUCUAUUGAACAUGAUACAAUUAUAAUGCAAAAUUUAUUAUUUUCGAAAAAGAAGUAAAUAGCGUUCUUUAGAUGUAUUAUCUCAAAUUCUGUCUUAUAGAUAAAGAUUUAUAUUUGUAUUAUAACUUCUCUUGAUAUUUUUGAUAUCAAUGUGAUGGAAAAUAAUAUUAUUCAAGUAUCUAAAAAGAUAUAUUUUUAUGAAAAUUUAUAAUAUUUUUAGGAACUUUAAUAUCAAUGAAUAUAAUUCAGGAGCUUGAAAAAUAUUCCAGAUGUAUAAUAUUAAUAUAUUAAUGAAUUGUAAAAUAGACAUAAAAGAAAAUAAAACAAAAUUUAAUGAAUUUUUUCUUAGGACAGUAAUACAAAUUCGAAAGCAUCAAUAUUAGGUAUACGUGUCAAUGGCACCUUUUAUUAUCAAUAUUUCUCUAAUAAUUCUUAUAAGAAGAAAAUAUCUGAUAAAAGAUAAGCAAGAAUUUUCUUACUUUCCAAAAAUUUCCUUUAUUACAUGCAAUAUAUAUCUAAUUUAUUCAGUGUCCAGAGAAUAUUCAAGAGACAUUGAAGGAAUAUUAAUCGCGCGGCUGUUAUAUAUGGAAAUUCAUCCUCCACGCACUGACAUUGUUCGCGUACGCAAUUUUCUUGUCGUAGGUUGCACUCGAGACGAUUCUUCCAUCCCGGGUGGACAUCCUUCGGAAUCUCACGGUCGGAUGAAUCGAUAGUACGUCAAGGCAAGGUCUUGAGAAGGAGAGAGCGGUUUCUUCGUCGGUUGAUGUCGUCACGGUGGAAGGACAUUUGAAACGAGCAAGUGCAGCGAUGGCAAUGAGGUCGGACCCGGCUUGAUUUCGCGUUUGCACGCGAGCAGCUUCGGCAUGCCGGCAAAUCAAUAGGACACCGAAGUCGUGGGAGAACUCGUCGAUUUUUGAGGCUUCCGCGAAGUUUUGCGCGGAAGUGGCACGGAACACAGUCGGCCAAGACAGAGAGAUUUGUUCUACUUCUACGUCUAUUUCCUCCCCGAGACUGCGCGGAUGUACGCCAUCAGAAGAUUGACACGUGAAAAUUGACACGUGACAUGCACAUCCGACGUGUGCAUCUAAUUUUUUAUAUGAAUAUUCUUGUACUGUACACGAUAUCGUAAUUAUCGAUUACUGUAAAUUGACGUCAACGGACUCUCGCCGGUGCUUCAAGCGCAUGCACGCGUCGCGUGAUUCACGGGAGCGCAAAUCUUCGAAUACGUAUGAUAUUUGACGCAUUUAUUUAUAUUCAAUACGAAAAUAGAGAUCAGUAUUAUAAGUUUCCUCGACGAUUAUCAAUUAUCGUCUCACGAACUGGCAGUAACGAUGGAAUGAAACGAAACUUUCAGCGAGUUACGCGAUGAUCAAAUAUAUAGCAAUUUUUCACGGUGCACUGUUCAUUUCAGCUACUCGUAGAUAAAAGAUAAAAUCAACUAGGCCGUUUACAGAUAUUUAAUCAAGCACGCUUCGAGUGUAGAAUUAUACAGGUUUUCAUGAGAGUAUUGUGCUGGAGAAAAUCAUCAGAUAUCUGAAAGUUGUCGAAAACUCGACAAAUAUUUCAGCGAAACUGAGAGAAAUCAGCGCUGAGAACAGGGCGAGAGCGUGUAUGUGUCUGUGUGCAUGGCGGGAUAGAGAAACACCGAAGAAUUUCAAUCUCGCCUAUAGGAUCUUGGUCUGGCGCUCCGGGUUCGUUGGCUGCUAGCUGCUCAAUUCAAUUACACUCGCUUCGGGUAAUUCAGGAAAAGAGGCUCCGCAUGUGUUCAAGAACGCGUGCUCGUCGACCAUACAUAGUUCCGCCUUUCAUCAUUGCAUUAUGCAAUUGAGAGCCAACGGUCGUUAUCUGUCCCUUCUCGCUGCGUUGUCCAAUAAUGAGCUUGUCUGACAAACCGCUUUUGUUCGUUAUGGAAUUGAACUCUCUCGUCUAUUUUCGUGAAAUGACGGCUAUCACUUUCUAGCCCGUUGGCGAUGGACUUGGUGUACUGACCGGCGAGAUAAGUUCCUUGCAAUCUUGCGUCUUCAAGCAAUCAGCAGCGAAUAACAGUGUAAUUAGAGAAAGAAGCUGGUGGAGUAACACUAAUGAGGAUUGGGAGCACGGUUUAUUUACGGCUUUAUUUGACGUCAUGAUGAAGCGAGAUAGCGAUCGUAAAAAGCAGCUAUGCCGAUCGCAGUUAUAUAAAGCUGCAAUGUGAUGAUAAAGUGUACACACCGUUUCUCUCGUGCAAUCAAUAUUUAUACAAUAAGAUAUUAAUUGCCGUGCAGAGAGAGAGAGAGAGAACGAGAACUUCGUUCGAUGUGAGCGUGUCGACUCCGAAAACCCUGCGGAAUUUCGCGAAACUUUGUAUGCAGAAAGUUCCACGGAUAUAUUUCUUGUCGCAAACAGCGCGUCGGAAAUUCUGUAACGUGGAUAAUAACGUGCAAAAUGAAUCUAAAUUGAUUACUUGUGAUUUUCAUUAUUUUUUUACAUCUAUUAAUACUGAUAGAUAUUUUGAUUUACUCAAUGAAUAUGAAUAUGGAUUUUAUAAACUUCAUUUAUUACAAUAGUAACUUUUUCUAUUUUUAAUUGUGUUCUAUCUUUGCAUCGUUACUGCCUGACAAUUAUGAAAAAAUAGUGAUUUACUUCCACUUUCUAGUGUUUAUAGAACAGGUACUCUUGGCUCGCAAAAGAGGAAUGAGUAAUAUGAAGGAGACUUUGUCGUCGCUGCACCAUGGUGUAUUUUACGAGAUUGUCAGAUUGUUUGCACAUAAAUUGGAAGCACCUGUAUACCUUUUUAUUUACGAGAGAAUUGGAAAAAUAAUUCUAAGCAUAUUCGGAGGGAAAGAAUAUACAUGGAUAGGAUGGUGCAUCGGCUUUAUUGCCACGGAUUUCUGUUACUAUUGGAUCCAUCGUCUCAAACACGAAGUUCACGUGCUGUGGUUGUUUCAUCAGGUACAUCAUAGCAGUGAGGCGUUCGAUCUUCCGGUCGGUGUGCGGCAAUCCGUCGUGGAACUCCUCUACGAUUUUAUGCUUUACUCUCCCCUUGCCGUCUUUAUAAAUCCGUAUUACAUUAUAAAAACUCGUGAAUUGAUUUAUUUAUAUAACUUGUUGAUACAUACGGAAGUGAUAGGUAAACUUGGACCUCUCGAGUGGAUUUUUAAUACGCCUAAUCAUCAUUGUGUUCAUCACGCCGGCAACGAGUACUGCCUGGACAAGAAUUAUGGAGGUGUGUUUAUAAUAUGGGAUCACAUGUUCCAUACGUUCGAAGUGAAAGAGGAAUGUACUAAUAUAUUUUAUGGUCUGCCGACGAGCCCUAUGUGUUACUUUGUAUUCUACCAACAAAUAUUUGGCGUCAUAUAUUUUAUUGUAGAUCAGAAAGAGAAACUAAUGCCUUGGAAAAAAUAUUGGUUUAAAAUUCUUUUUUAUGGGCCUAGGUGGCAAUUGCACCUACCACGUUUGGGAUCUCCACGCUGCAAAAAAGCUAGAAAGCUACACGAAGACAAGGACAAAAGUUUCCAAAAUUAUUGGAAUAUUCAUUACAUCUGUUAUAUAUAUUUUCUUCUUAUCAUAAAUGCGUUGGAAAUAUACUCGUUAAGGAAUAUGGAUUUUUUCCAUCUAAGGAUAGCUCGUGCAUACGAAAAUCUGAACGUGACUUUAUGCAGUUUCGCUUCCUUUCUUGAAGAUAGGAGAAUAAUAUGUAUUAUGAUAAAUUUCGGACGGUCUUAUUUGUUGUACGCUGUUUAUUACGAUUCCCCUAAGUGAUGCAUUUAUAUAUACUCUAUCGUGUUCUUUUACGAUGGACUUUAUGUUUUAGCACUACUUCUUCAUAUUAUACUAACUAAGAUAUGUUAUAAACAAGAAAAGAUAUGUUAUACUAAACAAGAGAAUCAGGAAAUGGAAGAUUGGUACGCAAAUAUUACUGAUGAUGAUAUUACUGAUGAUGACAUUAACGAUGAUUAAAUGGAAAAUCAGGAAAAGAUAGUAUGAGGAAAGUACUGCCAGUAACACUAAUGAAAAGUUUUCCUAUCCUGCAAAUAUAUUUUCAAAUACCGUGUAAAAAGUAUAAUAUAACUGAAACAGUAUUUUUUUAACAGAACUUUAUAACUCCAUUUAAUACAAUACAAAGAGCACUUGUCUAGUAAGAUAUGUACGAUUAUUUGAUUAUUAUAUAUUAUAUGUUAGUAGCGACGAACUUAUGGCACGCGUGCCAAAAGUAACACGUACGAAAAUUUUGCUGACACGUCAACGAUUUACAGGUGAUGUCAUUUUAUAUGUUUAAAAAUUUUUUUAAUUAUUACAAUAUGUACACAAGUUAAAUUUUCUUUUACACGAAAAAAAUUAACCAACAAAUACAUAGCCCACUAUAGGAAUAAGACCCGGCAGCUGAAAACUUGUCUCAAUAAAAUUCUGCAACAAUUAAUUUUCUAUUAAUUUUUUCCCGUAUUAAAAACUGCUCGACACGUCAAGAACUCGAUAAAUAUUAUUUGUAAAUUUUUGGCACGCACAUAGAAAAAGUUUCGCCACUGUUAUAUGUUAUAUCAUUAUUAAUAAUUAAUAAUAUAUAACUAUUACAUAUUAUAUACAGAUAUUAUAUAUUAACUUGUGUGAUUACUUCCGUGUGUUUUUGAACUCUGAUUAUUGCAUGUGUGUACGUAUCAUUGACUAUGUAAAAAUAUAUGUAAACAUCGUUUGUAAAAUACAAUGUUGCUCGCAACGUCGUA